CGCGGCUGGACCUAUCUCUUGAAUUUCCAACGUCCACCCGGGCAACGACAUCAUCAUCGAGCUUAGGCAUUAAACCGCGACAUCACAGAGCGAGGGUUCGAUACAAGUCCACACUUGUCGCCCAAGCAUUACAAUGGCGGCCGAACAAAGAAAGCUGCUUGGUUAGUACUAAUUUUUCAAUGACCAACCUCUAUCUCCCUCUUCCUCACCACGUCUGAACCCCCCGCAACGAUGCUGACUUCUGCAGAGCAGCUUAUGGGCGGCGGUGCCACCUCCCGCAGCGCUCAGCUUUCUCUCACCGAUCCCAAGGUUUGCAGAUCAUAUAUUGCAGGAACCUGUCCCCAUGAUCUCUUUACGAAUACCAAGCAAGACCUCGGUCCUUGCCCCAAAGUCCACCCCGAGCCCCUCAAGAACGAGUACGAGGCCAUGCCGGAGAACGAGCGCAAGAAAUACGGCUUCGAGUACGACUACAUGCGCGACCUCCAGAAGUACAUCGACGAUUGCAACCGUCGUAUCGAUGCUGCUCAGCGGCGCCUUGAGAAGACGCCGGAUGAGAUCCGUCAGACCAAUGUUCUGCUCAAAUCUAUCUCCGACCUAAACUCCUCCAUCAGCAACGGUCUUUUCGAGGUCGAGAUCCUCGGCGAGAUGGGCGAGGUGGGGCGCGCCUACGACGAGUUCUUCCGCGUCCGCCAAGCGACGCAGGCCAAGGCCGAGCGCGAGCGCGAGCUCAAGGAGCUGUCGGACACGUCGGGGCCGUCCGGCCACCAGAAGCUCCAGGUCUGCGACGUCUGCGGCGCCUACCUCAGCCGCCUCGACAACGACCGCCGCCUCGCCGACCACUUCUACGGCAAGAUGCACCUCGGCUACGCCCAGAUGCGCAAGACCUACGACGCCUUCCCCAAGGAGAUGAAGGGCCGCCAGAGGGCCCCCAUGUCCAUGGGAGGUGGCCCCGGCGGCGACGACGACGGUGGCCGCCCUGCCGAUGGCGGAUGGGGCCGCGGUCCCCGGGGCCCGCGCUCCGGCGGCGGCGGCGGUGGCGGCGGCGGCUUCAGAGGCGGUCGCGGUGGGAGGGGUGGGUACCGCGGUGGUUGGUGAAUGGCAUGCGCGAUCGUGAUACCCACAUGACGACUUGGUCACUCUGCAUUAGGAGGGCGUACUCUGGCAUUAGGAGGCGUAACGGGGCGUUCACAGUUCCCAAUAGGGGCGAAUGGAUGGAUUUGUGCAGGUUGGCUUUGAGGUACAUCCAUAGACAAUGCUAUUCUACAAACUUGGUAUUUGACUUCCGAGUGAACCUGACCGGGCACUCGCUCCUCCGGCGAGGCGCCGUAUCCAUGCUAUUUCUUCCACUUCGCUGAUCGUCUAAUGGCAAAACGCGGUGAUAUCAACCGAAAACCCCUAGUGCGG